AUGCCUAGAGAAAUAAUAACACUGCAGGCGGGCCAGUGCGGCAACAGCGUCGGGCAGCAGUUCUGGCAGCAGCUGUGCCAGGAACACGGCAUCAACCGCGACGGCAACCUCGAGGACUUCGCGACCGAGGGCGGCGACCGCAAAGACGUAUUCUUCUACCAGUCCGACGACACCCGCUACAUCCCCCGCGCCAUUCUUUUGGAUCUCGAGCCCAGAGUGCUGCACUCGAUCCAGUCGAGCGCCUACAAGAACAUCUACAACCCCGAAAACUUCUACAUACACAAGGAUGGCACCGGCGCCGGCAACAACUGGGGCAUGGGCUACAGCAUGGGCGAGCAGGUGCACGAGGACAUCCUGGAUAUGAUUGAUCGCGAGGCAGACGGCUCCGACUCGCUCGAGGGCUUCAUGAUGCUGCAUUCCAUCGCUGGCGGCACGGGGUCGGGUCUCGGCUCCUACAUGCUCGAACGCCUCAACGACAGGUUCCCCAAGAAGCUCAUCCAGACCUACAGUGUCUUCCCCAACACGCAGGACGGCGACAUAGUGGUCCAGCCAUACAACAGUCUGCUGAGCAUGAGAAGGCUGACGCAGAAUGCUGACUCCGUGGUUGUCCUCGACAACGGAGCCUUGACCAGGAUCGCUGCAGACCGACUGCACGUUAUGAACCCGUCGUUCGAGCAGACCAACCAGCUGGUGUCUACCGUCAUGUCCGCCAGUACCACGACCCUUCGCUACCCCGGAUACAUGCACAACGAUCUCGUUGGCAUCGUCGCCUCGCUCAUUCCCACACCGCGCUGUCACUUCCUCAUGACUUCAUACACCCCCUUCUCUGGUGAGAACGUGGAGCAGGCCAAGACGGUUCGCAAGACAACCGUCUUGGACGUCAUGAGACGACUGUUGCAGCCUAAGAACCGCAUGGUCUCCACCAACCCCACCAAGAAGAGCUGCUACAUGUCUAUCCUGAACAUCAUCCAGGGAGAAGCGGAUCCCUCAGAUGUACACAAAUCGCUUAUGCGCAUCCGCGAACGACGUCUCGCUACGUUCAUACCCUGGGGCCCCGCUUCCAUUCAAGUCGCGCUGACCAAGAAGUCGCCCUACGUGACCUCUUCGCACCGUGUCUCCGGACUCAUGCUCGCAAAUCACACGGGUAUCGCCACGCUCUUCAAGCGCAUAGUCGCACAAUACUCCACCCUCCGUAAACGCAACGCCUUCCUUGAAAGCUACAAGCGUGAAGUGCCUUUCAAGGAUGGUCUCGGCGAGUUCGACGAAGCUAAGGAAGUCGUUCAAGGUCUGAUUGCAGAAUACGAAGAGGCCGAGGAUGCCGACUACUUGACCAAAGAGACGGCGCCGCCUGCAGAUGAGGAAGCUGACAAGAGAGUCGGCUAG